AUUGUACUACUAGACUUUGAGAAAGUACGACUCAAACCAGCUCAAUUUCAUACACAACUUGACAUUAAGGUUUAUUUAGUCUACUACUUCACGUCAACAGGAAGUCACUGUCAAUACUUAAUCUACACCAAAUCACCUUUUAUUUCAUUUUUACAGCCAAGAAUACUUAUUUGUCAAUAUGUCGAUGAUGGCGCCCCCACCCAAGAGCCCUCUGGCUCGCUACCGUAUACUCUCUCCUACGGCCUCCGUCCGAGUUAGCCCCUUGUGUCUUGGCGCGAUGAAUUUCGGUGAGGCCUGGAAGGAACUUAUGGGCACUUGCGACCGAAAGACUGUCGAGGAAAUCCUAGACUUCUUCUAUGAACAAGGUGGAAAUUUCAUCGACACUGCCAACAAUUACCAAGCCCAGGAGUCUGAACAAUGGCUUGGCGACUGGAUGAAGAAGCGCGGCAAUCGUGAUCAGAUGGUUAUUGCUACCAAGUUCACCUCCAACUUCCGCCCCUACUGGGACGAGAUCACGAUCAACAACCAGGGUAAUGGUACUAAGAGCUUACACGUAUCUGUCAACUCCAGCUUGAAGAACCUGCAGACGGACUACAUUGACCUUUUGUAUGUUCAUUGGUGGGAUGGUAGUACUUCUAUCCCCGAGCUCAUGCAGGCCCUCAACCAGCUGGUACUAGAUGGAAAGGUGUUGUAUCUCGGAAUUAGCGACACCCCUGCUUGGGUUGUGAGCAAGGCCAACGAGUACGCUCGCAACCAUGGCCUACGCCAGUUCAGCGUGUACCAGGGCCGUUGGUCAGCCGCCCAACGUGACUUUGAGCGUGAUAUUAUUCCCAUGGCUAAAGCUGAAGGUAUGGCUCUAGCUCCAUGGGGUGCACUCGGUGGAGGCAAAUUCAAGUCGGACGAGCAGCGUCAAAACAGAGCGAGUGGACGCUCCGCCGACGUCAGCGAGGACGAUAUCAAAAUCAGCAAAGCAUUGGAGACCGUUGCCUUACGCAAGAACACCAUCAUUACGAGUGUGGCUCAAGCGUACGUCACCCACAAAACGCCGUAUGUGUUCCCUAUUGUCGGCGGACGAACCAAAGAGCAGCUCAAGGCCAAUAUUGAGGCUCUCACCCUGAGCCUUGAUGAAGACGACAUCAAAGAGAUUGAGAGUGCUCUUCCCUUCGACCCCGGCUUCCCUCACUCUUUCCUGUUCGGCCCCGCUAUCCCCGAUCACCCCGGCAAAGUAUGGUUGCUGAAUAUGGGAGGCACCACCGAUUACGUCCCCGAGCAGAAACCAAUUGCACCGAGGAAGACGGGAGAAUAGGGUACUCGCGGCUCUCUCGCUGAAACUUGGAGGUGGCUCACUCGAAGAUAUUAUUGAGAUAAGAUCACCGAGCUCGGGACCGGGUAUAUUGGGGGUAGCUGGCUGCCUAUGAAAAUUGUCAAGGAAAUUUCAUGUUCAUGCACCAAUGUUGCUUAAUUAUGCCAUCCUACGA